CAACAUGACAGUUCAGUUUUAAAAAUCAUUUUCGCUUUCAGAUAUACCCUAUAAGUUGAUGAUCUUGUAAAAAUAUUACUGUUGUCUGCUGUGUGCGGUUUCAUGCUGAAUAAAACGUGCUUUUAACAUUCUGUACAAAGAUCCUAUUGCUGGUUGCUUUUUGACUCACUGUAUUCACUGCAUCAUGCCUGCCGAUGUGUCAUACUUGUACAGUGUCAGCCCACCCUUCCAUUCAUUUUCUUCAGACUUUUAUCCAGUCCAAAAAAGAGCCACGGAUUUCCAAACAUCUAAUCGUUAUGGUGAUGCUGGUUUUACAAGUUCAAUGCUUCAAUACCCUGUGCAAAAAUCACUGCUUAAAGAGAGGGUAAAAACCCACAGUUUCAAUGAUGCUGACAAACAAUCUGUUAACAAUUUAAAACUGAAAUCAAUCAUUACUCACCGCAAAGUGUUAACAAGCUCAAAUGUUGGAGUAUGUUCUAAUGGUAGUAAGAGAAAAGACAAGAAAGUUACAUUUGCAGACACACAAGGUUAUUCUUUAACACUCACCAAAUAUUUAACUGAGUCCACGAAUGAGCCGCCCAAGUCUAUGACUUCUGGUACACUUAUAAGGCAACUUGUUAAGAACUUAAACUUAUCUAGCUCUGAUACUGAUUCCUCUACAAAAGAACAAAAGUUUGCUUUUAAAUUUACUCAGCCGGUGGCAAACUAUGUGGAAUUUAAAAGAAGCCUUGAGCAACAUAAUGUAUCACUGGAAAAUAUAGUUGUGAAAAACAGCCUUUGUAUUUCUGGAACUGUAAAAGUGAAAAACUUAAGUUUUGAUAAAACUGUUUCCGUGCGAAUCACAUUCGAUAAUUGGAAAUCAUACUCUGAUCAUAAAUGCCAAUAUGUUAAAAACGCAUAUGAAAAUGGGGCCCUCGAUACGUUUCAGUUUAAUGUAGAUGUUCCUCAGUGUCAAUCAGAGGAUAUUCAGAUGUGUUUUCAGUAUGUUUGUGAUGCUGGUGAAUUCUGGGACAAUAACAGAGGACAGAACUAUGUCAUUUCUGUUAUAAAUAACAGAAGUAGUAUUGAAAAAUCGAAAUCACCUGUUGCAAACCACCUGUCCAAUAUUUCAACCCAUGCACCAUCCACUUACAUGGAAUUGCCUGGCCCACAGUUUAAUACAUGGGUGGGGUGGGAAGGCAGUGGACCCUUUUACUGAUACUGUCCACUGAAAUAAUUCUAUAAUUACACAUAUGCAAUAACAUUAUUGUGAACUGCAGUAUUAAUACCCAUGUCCUCCUGGUAGUCUGCGCUAUUUCCCAAGAAAGACAGGAAGCAAAUUGUACAGUGUUGUUCAUUGUGCACGUUUUAUUGCGCAUAAAUCGCCGCUUGCUGGUAGAUCGGUGUUUGUCAUGAGCACACAUGUACAAUCGCACUGUCAAGGUUUAUUGCUGUUGUGUCUACAUUGGCAUGUUGUGUCACGUCUUUAUAAUUUCAGCUUAACUCUGGUGCUGUGAAUGCUGCUGCAAUUAUUGUUGUUCAUCACCCACAAAAGUGUUGCGUUUGGCUGCCAAUUAAGCAGCCAUCUUUAUAAAGUUGGAAUGUUUCUUUUUAAAUGCUUACUGUUGCAUAUACUCUUAAAGUGAUAUGCCUAAUUUCAGCACUUGCCUUCGUGAACACUUUUAUACAGAACAUAGCUAUUUAAUUCAUUUCUAAUGUAUCCCAUAUUUUUGUACACCUCUUGUCAAAGUGCCGUUAACACUGUUUGAUAUCAAUAAAUUCAACGUGGAAAGUUGUA